AUGGAGAGGCUAGUAUCUAAAUUGACAGAAAAGCAUGUUCUCUUCACGGCUUCUUUCGCUAUACGUCUUGCCUUGGUUGUGUAUGGGGAAUUCCACGACAAGACUAUGAUAGUGAAGUACACUGAUAUUGACUAUCACGUGUUUACAGACGCUGCGAGGUUCACUACGAAGGGCGAGUCCCCGUACAACAGAUCAACCUAUCGAUACACACCACUAUUAGCCUGGCUGCUCACUCCCAACAUUUAUAUCCACAUGGUGUUUGGAAAACUCGUUUUCAUCCUGUGUGACGUGCUAUCCGGACUAUUGAUCUACAAGAUUCUUUACCUACGAGGUCUUGGCUCAGAGACAGCUCUACGGGUUUGUUCGCUGUGGCUCCUCAACCCCCUACCAAUGGGAGUAUCCAGCCGAGGGAAUGCUGAAUCCAUUCUGGCAGCUUUGGUACUUGGGACUCUCCUUUGUAUAGAGGGCCGACGCAUGACGCAGGCAGCAUUGCUCUAUGGAUUGUCUGUUCAUAUGAAGAUCUACCCCAUCACAUAUGCUCUCCCCAUUGUUCUGUCUCUCCGUACGACACACAUUAGAAGAGAUGAAAAGCAAAACAUGUGGAGGAGUGCUAUUGACUUCUUAGGAAGUUUCUUCAACAGGGAGUUGUUCCAUUUCGCAAGUGUGGCCGGAGGGCUGUUUUUGGCUCUCGCUUCACUUUUCUAUUACAUGUACGGUUGGACAUUCCUUCAUGAGACCUACUUGUAUCAUUUAACCAGAAGAGAUAUACGCCAUAACUUCUCCCCAUACUUCUAUAUGCUCUACUUAACUGCAGACAGUAGGUGGAGCCAUUGGCUUGGGCUAGCGGCAUUCCUACCACAGUUGAUCCUCUUGUUAGUCACAUCAUGGGCUUUUCACCAUGAUCUGGCUUUUUGCUGUUUUCUACACACCGCCAUCUUUGUCACGUUCAACAAAGUCUGCACAUCACAGUACUUCCUAUGGUACCUGAGUUUACUUCCUCUGGUCAUCCCUCAUUUGAGUCUUUCAGUGAAACAAGAAGUGGGACUACUGCUCCUGUGGUUUGCUGGACAGGGUAUAUGGUUGGUGCCGGCUUACUUUUUGGAGUUUGAAGGCUACAACACUUUUCUGUUCAUCUGGCUUGCCGGACUGCUCUUUUUGAUAAUGAACUGCUUCAUCUUGAUUCAGCUCAUUGUACAUUACAAACCAAAACUGACUGGAAAGACUGACAAGUUGGAAUAG